GAGGCGCUCAGGGGCCGGAAGUUACGUAAGAGGGAGAUGGGCGGAGGGAGGUUUGAUGAUGAUUUAACUGCUGCUGAAACCAUAUGUUUGGUGUUGCCGUAAGGACCAUACAUUGUGGAGGUUUUUGAGUUCAAGGGCGUACAGGGAGGUUUCGUAUUCUUUGCGGCAGCCCGAGAAGACUGGAUCUCAAGGCUGCCCUCCGGUGCUAUCUUAGAAAAUGCAAGAAGCAUGAUUAAGGACAUGGAGCACAAACUGGAAGGAUCUUCUCCUCAAGCUGAAUCCUGCUUGCUAAACAGGCAAGAAUUCAACCUGGAACAUGGAAAUGAAGAACUGGCCUUUGAAAGCUUCCAGCUUUUGCAGAUUGAUACUGAGGCUGAGAGUGCAAGAACCUUGCAGAUAGAUGGGGAGAUGUCGUGUUCGAAAAAUGUCUUGCGGAAACAGAGGCACUGGGAAAAGAUAGUUGCAGCAAAGAAGAGUAAAAGAAAACAGGAAAGAGAGAGAAGAAAAGUACAGCGAACAGAAAAUGCAGGUGUGAGCCCCCAGCAGAGCAAACGGGUUUUGAAAGCUAUGACCAAAGAGAGACUUUUGGCAGCCAAAAGUUCAGGACCCAAAAUUUGCAUAGAUUUGAGUAUGACAGAUCGAAUGACUAAAAAGGAAUUAAGCCGAUUGGCAGCGCAGAUCCGAAGAUUGUAUGGUUCAAAUAAAAAAGCCAAGAAGCCAUUCUGGAUCUGCCUCACUGGAUUCACAACUGAUAGCCCUUUAUAUGAAGAGUGUUUAAGGAUGAAUGAUGGAUUCUCUAACUAUCUUAUGGAUACAACAGAAGAAGACUAUCUUGAUUUAUUUCCUUUGGAAAGCCUUGUGUACUUAACACCUGAUUCAGAGCAUGCACUUGAAGAUAUUGAUUUGGAUAAGGUUUAUAUCAUUGGUGGACUUGUGGAUGAAAGCAUUCAAAAGAAACUGACGUAUCAGAAGGCUCAAGAAAACUCAAUCCAAACUGCCCGCUUGCCAAUCCAGGAGUAUAUGGUUAAAAAUGCCAAUGCCAAGAACUACCAUUCAGAGAUACUGGCAAUCAAUCAAGUGUUUGAUAUCCUGUCAACAUAUGUGGAGACUCAAAAUUGGCCUGAAGCACUGAAAACAGGAGUUUCUCUUGGAAAAGGUUAUGUUAUUCCAAAUACAUUGGAAUGAAAGAUGGUAUAUCUUUUAUGAGAUGACGUCAGAGAUUUUUUUUCCUUCUUUUAGUAAUGGCUGGGGAGGAGUUAUCCUUAACCAGAUUUAUGAUUAAAGUCUGGUCUGAAGUUCUUAUUUAUACAGGUAAAACUGAGUCAUUGUACUUUUAAAAGUAUUUUUUUAAUACUUCAAAUAUAGAUAGAUAGAAACAGAUUUUUCUGUUUUGUAUUUGUGUCUUCAAGGCCCUCUUGGGCAUUAAUAAAUGCUUGUCAAAUUCCAAAAGACUGAUGAUUGAAAAUUCUGUCCAUAUCCUGAGGAAGAACUGAUAAAGUCUAAUGCAGAUCGAAAUGUACUAUUUUUACUUUAUUUUUUUUCAUGUUUAUUUCCCUUUUGUUCUGUUUUUUCUUUCACCACGUUUCAU